AUGGCUCCGUCGUUGCUUACAGAAGACAACUUGCGUUGCCAUACCUCCGGAGGUAAUGCCACGAGCACCCCUGACCUUGCCCGCGAGGCCAAGGCCUUGAUCCACCGAGAAGCCGCCCAAGCGGCCGACAGCCAUCACUAUCUGACCUUGCACGGCACUCUUGAAAGCUGCACAUAUCCUUGCCAGAAAUGCAUCGCAGCAGCAGGUCAAGCCUUACAAUCCGGCAAUUUACUCGCCGGCAUUCAGCCUGCUGGACCGACUGGCCUUCAACCGAUAGAAACCUUUUCGAUACCAAGCCAUAUCGAAGAUCCGUGGUCCUUCCACUCGAGUACGCAGCAGAGCCGUGCUGCUGUUGGAUACGGAUCCCAUCAGAGCUCCCAAGCAAGAGCCAACGCAGCGGCCGCCGGUGUUCGCGAGGCGGAAUUGGCAGGCCGUGCUGCCACGGACGCAGGCGCAGAAAAGAGCUUCGACACCAAGAGCGAAGAAGAGGCCGAUGGCAGUCAUCAGGGUUCUCCGAGGGUCGGACCGGUCGCUGCUGGCCAGCCUACUGCAGCUCGGGCCUCGAGCAAGACUGCGAGAGAAGGGAAAGGCGUGACGCAGUCUGUGCUCUAA